AUGUCAAUACAAAUAGAAAGUGGUUUUCUAUCAACAACAAAAAUGACAACAUCUAAGGUAUCUGAUACUUCUAGUGGUACAAGGUUAAGUUUUUGUGAAAAAUACUAUGCAACAUCAACAAAAAAUUUCAUUGAUCAGUUUGCUGAUGAUACUAAAAUGCUUGGUUUUCGUUAUCUACAUUCACGUUAUAGAAGUUGGUUUCGUAUUAUGUGGGGAGCUUUUCUUUUUAUGGCAUUAACAUUAACAAUAUAUCAAGUUGUUGAAAGAAUAUCUUAUUAUCUUUUUAAAAAUCCUUUAACAUCAAAAAGAUCUUUUGAAACAUUAUCAUCUAUACCAUUUCCAACAAUUGUUUUAUGUAAUAAGAUGCAACUAAAAGCUUCAAAAGUUGCUUCAUAUAAUCCAAAGUUACUUUCAUUAAUGUCAGAGAUGUUUAGGGAUGAUAAUAUUGAAGAGAUAGAUGAAAAUAAUAGAAGAAAUAUAUCAGAUAUUAUGGAUAAGAUAAAAAAUUUAGGUGAAAACAAUUUUUUAAAAAUUUAUCAAAAUUCUCAUCAGUCUGUGGAUGAUUUUAUAGUUAGUUGUCAGUAUGGAAGAAAAAAGCAAUGCAUUGAUAAUAUUAAUAUUAUUUUAACACCAAAUGGUGUUUGUUUUGCUGUCUCACCAAAUGUAACAGUAACAAGACCUGGACCAGAAUCAACAUUAUCAUUAUUAUUAAAUUUAGAAGGAUAUGAUACUAUUCCUGGUUGGGUACCAGAUUCAGGAGUUAUUUUAAGUAUUUAUGAUGCAAAUUAUACAACAACACGAUUAUAUGAUGAUGGUUUUCAUUUAGAGGGAGGAAAAUUAGUUACGAUACCUAUAAAUGACAUAAGAAGUUUACAACGUCAUCCUACUGAAUGUGGUAAAAGUUUAUUAGAUAAAGAUAAAGAAUAUAGUAAACAAGCAUGUCAAUGGUAUGAUAAAAGUCAAAUAAUUGAAAAUACUUGUGGUUGCGUGCCUUCUAUAUCACCUAGGAAUAAGAAGUUUUUUAUAGAUUUUAAUUUAAAAAAUGACUAUGGUAUUUUUAAUAGUACACUUCAACCUUGUGCAUUAGAACAUGAAUAUGAAUGUGUAAGGACAUUUAUUGAUAAUUAUAAUGAUGAAAAUAAUACUUAUUGUCCAGAGGAUUGUUAUGAUGUUAGAUAUAAUACAAUUGUUUUUGGUAAUGAAUUAGAUGUUAAUGAAAUAUCAAAUUUAUUACCUGUUAAUUGGGAAGAUGAAAAAGAAAAAAAAAUAAAACAAUUUUUUAAGGCUAUUAAAUUAAUACCUAAAAAUAGGAUACCAAUCAUUAAGUCAAUACAAAAAUUAGCAACAGAUGCUCAAAAUUAUGUUACCUCAAUAACUGAAAUUUUAGGAACAUUUAAAAAUAUAGAUAUUAUUAAAAAUGUUGAUGUUAUAGAUGUAUCAUCAUGUGAAGCUGUCAUAAAUCCAAAUAUUCUUCCAACAAUAUUAAAAGAAAUUAAUGGAAAUGAAAAAAUAUGGAAAAAUUAUAUUAUUUAUUUUAAUUAUGUUUUUAAACCAAAUAUUAUUUGGUUAUUAAAAGUAUUUAAUUUACAUGAUGAAAAUAACAUGACUUUUAAUAUGAAAAAUUAUACAAAUAAAUAUGAUAUUUUAGAUAAAGCUUUAAUAGAAUUAAGAUUAUUAUCUAAAAGUUUACAUGAUCCUGAAAAAUUAUUUGGCUUAAAGUCAAUGUCAAUUGAUGAAAGAAAUUUGGUUGUUAGGCAUGUUAAAAAUCUUAUAAAUAAUACAAAUUUAUGCAUUGAAAAAUGGGAAAAAGAUAACAAUGAAAAUUCAACAACAAGUAUAUUAUUAAAAUGUCAGGAGACAUUCAAAAAAUAUUUUCAUCCAUUGGAGGUUGGAAAAGAUAUUAGUAUAAUUUUGUCAUCACAAAAUAUAACACACCAUUUUUUUAGGAUGAUAAAAAAUUUAACAGAUACUAUAGAUAAGGCAACCAGUAAAGAUGGAGCUCAAAUAUUUAAUUAUAAAAAUUAUAAUAUUGAUAUUAAUAAAUUUCAAAAUGAAUAUAGGGAUGAUGGAAAAGAAUUAGGAAUAGUUUUUGAAGUUUUAAAAAAUAGAAAAUAUUUCCAAAAUAAGAUAACGGAAGUGGUAAAUGACAUUACUGAUACUAUAGAAUCAUUUAUAAAAGGUAGAGAAUUAUUUUAUAUAAAUAAUUCAUUAAUAAAUAACAAAAAUGAAAUAAUUUUUUUAAAUAAUUCCAUAGAAUGUUUUAAAGAAUUUUUAAUUAAUAUUCAAACAUUAAGAAAAUAUCCAUUUAUGAGAGGUGAUUGGAUGAUAAGAUUACAGAGAGAUGUUUUGAUAGCACAAAGUUAUUCCUCUGGACAAGAAUUUGAUAAAGUUAAUCUUUUACAUGUUAAAUUAUAUUUUACACAUAUAAAAAGAGAAAUGAUUAUUAAUGUUAAAAGUUAUAAUUUAUUUUUACUUUUAGCUGAAAUUGGUGGUACUAUUGGUUUGUAUGUUGGUGCUACACUAUUAACUGUUGCUGAAACUAUUGUUUUUUUAUUUGAAAAUCAUGUUAAAACAAAAAAAUUUCUUACUAAAAAAGUAUGUAAUGUUAAAGAAGAUUUAUGA